AUGUCCGCCGAGCCACUCAGUAUAUUACUGGCAAGCACAGCCGCAUCUCUCUCACUAGAUCUAUUCAUCCAUCCCUUGGAUACGAUCAAAACCCGCAUCCAGUCUCGUGAAUACUCACAGUUCCUGAGAACCAACACAGGAACAAGCAUAUGGAGACAUCCGGGGAUAUUCCGCGGCCUUUACCAAGGCAUCGCAAGCGUCACCGCUGCCUCGUUUCCCACAGCGGGUGCAUUUUUCAUCACGUAUGAGUAUACACAGUCAGGGCUCCAAGUCAUACACCAAAAGCUUGGAACGCAAAAGUCUAGCUCAGCUCAGAUCUUUUCCGAUUUUUGUGCGGCCUCCGUUGCGGAUCUUGCAGCUUGUGGAGUCUAUGCUCCGGCUGAUGCAUUGAAACACAACGCGCAGAUGAUCCAAUCACACCAAUCGGACGCAUCAGCACACGUGGCUGGGGGGAAAAUGGGCGGUGUAGCCCAAAAAGCAACACGAUUAGCUUUCAAGAAGUUUAUCAACCCUAAACAGCUUUGGAGCGGAUACCCUGCUCUUGUGGCGCAUAGCUUGCCAGUGUCGGCAAUUCAGAUGCCUCUGUACGAGACUUUUCGGUGUCGCAUUUCUGAGUAUAAAUUUGGAACUCAAGAGGAGGUGUUGGAAAGACCAAGAGGUUAUGGCAAGAAACAGGCCCACUUGACAUUGGGAGAGACCGCUGCGACAGCCGCGAUAAGUGCUGCAGUGUCUGGCGGUAUAGCCAGUGUCCUGACAGCACCUAUGGAUAUGGUCCGGACACGAAUCAUGCUUGAUGCUGCAGACACAACCGUACCGCAGAAGAAAAGGAUGAUCAAUAUCGUACGGGAGAUCGUACGAACGGAUGGCCCGAGGGGGCUAUUCCGAGGGUGUGCUAUCAACACGUUCAUGGCGGCCGUCGGAUCAGGAUUAUACUUUGGUCUCUACGAGAGCACCAAGUGGUGGUUAGGCUCUGACUCGAUGAAACACCGUGCCAUGUUAGACUAG